UUAAAUGUUUAAAUGUUUAAUGUUGAACUUGGAAAUUCUCAGAAUUAGUGUUUUCCUCUGUGCAUUAAACAAACUCUAAGCUCGUUUCCGAGUAUUUGUGUGCGAGGGAAAGAGCGUACCACAAAUAAUUAUAAAUUAAAUAAUUAUACAAUACAAGCAAGAAAACAGCUUUGCAACUGAUUGUGGCUGACGUCGCUGCUGUUGCUGCUCGUGCAGUGGAACACCUGUAAAACAAAGGCAGCUCAAUAGCUCUAUCUGCAGCGGCAACAAAAGCUGCAACUAUAGCAGCUGUAGCCAGCCUUAGCCGAAGCUAGAGCUGUCGUGCUCUAGAGCGGAUGCAGCUUUAGACACAGCCAGCAGAGCCCCAAAGCUCUGUCCAUAUACUAUAUACUUUACAGUGAUCGCCCUCAAAACACAUCUUGGGAAAACAAUUAAAAUUAAUAGCGACAAUAAACCAAAUCAGUCGAAAGACAGUGGUUUUCUUUAUUAGGUUUUAUUGAUCUACGAGACAGAAAAUACGACAAUGAUCAUAUUGGCAUCUAAAUUAUGGAAACCAUUUUUGAAGUACACCCUUUUCAAAUUGAGUUAAAUUAAAUCGGAAUAAGUUAGGAAAAAAAGAUAGCAAAUUACAACAAUAUGUAUUUCUAGAAAUAUAAAAGAACUGCAUAGGAAAAACGCAGUGUAAUUAUAAAAGCAUUACAUAUUCCAUUUAGUUUUUGCUUAUUCAAAGUAGAACAAGAUUUCCGAAAGGUCAUAACUUUGCAAGCACAAUUAUUUGAAUAAAAAUUACCCUAAUCCUCUAAUUAGCUAGCGAACACUGUAAUUUAGAGUGAACUAGAAAUACAACUGAGUUUUUUUUUUUUUUAAACUUUAAAACAACGAAAAACUUGUUUGACAAAAUUGCAAUUACAAACAAAAGUUUCUCAGAAACGAACGAAACACACGAAAAAAAGGGGAAAACAAGUUUGAACUGUUCUAGUCACAGCAACACAGCAGCAGAAACAACUAGAAAAGCCACAAACACUAAUAGUUGCUAAAUAAUACAAAUAUUCAGCUUUUAGCAUUCAGUUGUUCUUUUUGUGCGCUUGUGAUUUCGUAUAUUUUUGUAUUUUGUGAGUGGGCCCCGGCAGCAUUCUAAGCGAUUGUGAUUGAGAACUCCCCUGAAGCGUUUAUAUAUUGGCAGUAGGCGACUUGUUUUGGCCAAUAAUUCCAUGACUUGUUCCAAGGCUGGGCUCCAGUCGUGAGAUUAUCGCCUGGUCGCAGCGAAAUUCGUUUGUUUGAACAGCUUUUUACUCGAUUCGUUCGGUUCUUAUAGAUGGUAUAUGUAUAGCGUACAUAUAGUAUGACGAAACAAAAACCAGAGACAGUGGCAAGUGUUGUCACAAUUGUAACAGAGAUGUCUCGGGAUCGUUUUCAAGCUCUUGAGCCACUCGAAAAAGGUUCUUGAACUUUACGACAAAAUAUAUACAUAAAAAAUAAAACACGAAAGAAAGUGUGGGGGUUUUUUUUUUUGCCGCGAUUUCCAUACAUACAUAUUUAUAGCCAUAUAGAGAUCUUGAUCUUGGGACAAUAACACUUUUUGUAUAUUUCCCUUUCUAUUCAUUGUUUUCAUUACGAUUUCUCACGCACUUCGCACAUAAAUUUUCAUAUGAUUUACGAUCACGCGGCCUUUUGGGCUUUGUUUGCAAAGUGGAUCAGGUCAGUAGAUUGCUAAUCAUCUAAUCAGAUCACCCACGAUCGUUCCUGAAAAAAAUAAACCUAGGCCCACUGCCAGAUCGCACUUUCCCAAGGCACGUUUUCGAGGCCUCAUGUCUGGAUCAUUUCGGAAUAUAUCGGAUUAUUCACACAUGCACUUGUCUGUGUUGGUGCCAAAUCGAUUUUGUUAUGCCCGCUGUCUGCGUGUCUGACAUAUUCAAUUUGAAUAUUGUUUAUUCGCCAGUCCCGCUUCCACUCUCUCUGGCCUGCUGUUUCGCUUUUUUCUAGUCUGCAGUUGACAACUUGCGACUUUUACUUGCGAUCGACGAUCAACGAUCAACAAUCGACGCUGACCCAAAAAGCGGAACAGCCGCAAAGCUGAUUGAAUGCGAUGGCAAACUGCGAACUGCGACUCUCUCGGUGCGGCUUUAAUAAAUAAAAGCAAUUCUGUUUUGCAAGUGUCAUUCUGCACCCAGUGAGUUCACCCAAAAGUGGGGUAUAAUGGGCUGGAAUCUAACAUAAUUCUAUGACCACUGAAAAAGUCUAAACCAAUUUCAAUAAAUGUGAUUUAACACAAUUUUAAAAGGAUUGUAGCACUUUCAAAAAACAAAUGUUAAUUUGCUUAAAUCACUUGUUUCAAUGAUUUAUGUUGCUAAAGUAACUGGAGUAUCUAAUGAUAGAUAUUCACAAACAUUAAACCAUUUAAAUUGCUGACUCAGUUGGAAUUUCAAAUUGCUUCCAAUUAAACUGUUUCGACAGCUAACUUAAAUCCACAACGUCCCAUAUAUGUCAACUUAAUUAAUUCCAUAACUAUCCUUAUUUGACAUGUGAUUCAUGUGAAAAAGGUGAAUCAGUGCAGAUGAAAAACGUAGAUGGAGUGCUUAAAAAUAAUACUAAGAACAAUUGUAUGACAGAACUCCCAUAAAUGUGUACUUAAUCAAGAGGUAUUAUUUUAAUACCAAGAUUGGUUAUAUUGGGUAUACAGAAGUCUAUAAUAUUGUAAAAACUAUACCAUAAUCUAUGAACACUUCAGUGCUCUCUCUUUCGCAUCGUCUGCCUUACUGGCUUUCUAACCCCGAAACAAUUGCCAGUCAUAAACUGUGUAUUCUAUGAAUUGUUUUUAUGACAACCGCGUUUUGAAGGGCACUCUCCAUCGUUGACGUUCCGAAACGCUCCGGUCUCAACGGGUCGUAUACGCAAUACGUGAACAAUAAAUGUGGCUUUGCUAAAGGAAAUGUCACCGUGAACAAAUUGCAAUUAUUAUCGGACUAAAUGCUUUAUCUUAGGCUCCGACGCUGAAUCGAAAUUGUGAAAAUAAAAAAAAAAUCGAACUAAAAAAGAAGAAUGUAGCCGCGCAAAGCGACACACAUGAAAUUCCCAAACUAAACCAAAGAUAAAAUGGCAAAGAACGAUGCGAAGAAGCAGAUCGUAAAUAAAUUAAUAAACCACAUCAAAAAAAAAAACAACGAAACGACAACAAAACAAAUCAAUUUGCAAAUGAAUAAACGAAAGUAACUAAACAAAGCGAAGAAUAGCUAACACAAAGGGGGAAAUUCCAAUAAUAAUAAUACAAAAUACAAUUGCAUGACGACGGUGAAGGCGAAAGUAACCGCCGUCUCAAGCUGACCCUCUUCACCCCCGAAUCGCAUGAAGAAUACCAGAAACCAUCAUGUCCAGGUGUGAGAACCACAAGUCCCGUCGCCAGCAGCUGCCCGUUCCAGCACCCCUCUCCUCCUCCUCCUCGUCCCGCUCGCAAGGCCACCACAUCCACUCCAGCCACUCGGAUCUGGGCGGCAGUGAGUCCUUCCUGCAGUAUUGCAGCGAUAGCGAAAAGAGGCCACCGCCCAUUGUGGUGGUGGUGGGCGAUGGGCGGAGCCGGGUGCGGCGGGUGGUGCGCACAGCCACGAGGCACGUCACUGUGGUCAGUCUGUCCACCCGGCACAAGGAGACUCAGACGCACACCUCGCACCAUGUGACGGCUGUCAGCUUUCCCCAAAAGAGCCUCGAGCGGAGCGGCUCCACCCAGUAUGAACUGGCUGGAGCGCAACAGCCGGGAUCUGCCAAUGCCUCCUCCUGCACAGAUAGUGGCAGUGUCGGCGGCUAUGUCUACCUGCAGAAUCACUAUGCACCCGGCGCCCACAGCAACUCGGCCGCCAUCAACUAUCCUGCGCAACAGCAUCCCCAGAUGGUCUACCAAAUCCAGCAGUAUCCCACGUGCCAUCAGCAGCAGCAGCAGCAACAGCAACAGCAGCAGCACCUCCAGCAGCAGCAACAGCAACACAUGCAUCAGACCAGCGCAGGUCACUACAUGCAGGUGACGGCGACGGGUGGCCAAUACCACCACCAUCACAUGCUCCAUGGCCAUGGGCAUCAUGUCCACCAUCAUGGCCACGGCGGGGCGGUGGUCAUCGCCGGCAGCGGUGUGGGCACUGGCCUGGGAUCCGGAGCCACCAGUGUGAUCAUGCAGCACCACCAACAGCAGCAGCAGCAGCAGCAACAGAAUAUGCACAAGAAGAACUCCAUCCGGAAUGGCGGGGAUGUCCUCAAGCGAGGGCGAGCUCAGUCAGCCUACGAACUCUCACAAGAUCUGUUGGAGAAACAGAUCGAGCUGCUGGAGCGCAAGUACGGCGGAGUGCGAGCCCGCAACGCGGCGGUCACAAUUCAGCGCGCCUUUCGCCACUACAUGAUGGUGAAGAAGUUCGCCUCGAUCACGGCAAUGGCCAAGGCCGAGAAGCGGCUCAGUCGACGCAUGGUGGUGACGGCCAGUAGCCUUGGAUUAUCGGAGGAGGGUGCCUCCUCAUCGUCGGCUUACGGCAGUGCCACGGAAUCUCAGCUUGCCGAGCAGCAACAGCAACAACAACUAACGGCGGCACAGCACCAACAACAGCAGCAGCAGCAGCAGCAACAACAGCAACAGCAGCAGCCACGUGUCACCAUAAUGGCGGGUCCGGCGGGAGCUGCUUCGCCGGGUUUAUCCCGUACACCGCCAACGCGAUCGCUUUCCAUGCGGGAACGACGUCAGCUGGACUGCAGUCCCAUACCGCGCAGUCAGUCAGGAGCUUCGCCCGCCUCCAUUGCCAGUUCGACAGUCAGCACUUCCGCUCUGGCCUCCCAUCCGCAUGUGAAUCUGUUGCACGCGGCCGAACCGCAUUACUACAAUGCCCAGGCACUGCCCACGGCAGCGGCCUACUACACCAGCUACCAUGGAUCGCCGCAUGACUUGAGCUAUGCCAGUUCGGCGGACACCUCGCUAAAUGCCUCGUGGGUGAACACCAGCGGUCACUCACCGCACACGCCCUACUAUUCGGCGGCCCAGAUAUACAUGCGACCCAAGGGCGGCAGCACCACGCCCACGCCCAGUUGCAGCGGCAGCACCGGAAGCGGCAGCGGUAGCGGGGGUAGCAACAAAAAGGUGCCACCAGAGGUGCCCAAACGCACCAGCUCCAUAACGGCCCAACAGCAGACGCAGUUGCUCCUGCUGCAACGCCAAACGCCGCCGCCUCCGUCGCUCCUGAGGACCAACGGGCUGUGCAAAACCGCCGAAAACGGCAGCUUGACCUCCGUCCAAAGUUCUGGUUCGGAUUCGAGUGUAACGUCGGCGGAACGCAACCUUAACAGCGACUUGGGCUCGGAUCGCAGCAACUCACCGCACACUUGGAAGCGCGGCACAGCGCUGAACAGCUCGCAGCAGUUCUCCACACACUCGGCGGACUCAGCGGGAGCGGUAUCCGGCGGUGGAGUUGGCGUGGCCGGCGGAGCCGGUGUGUAUGCUGCCCAAAUGCAGGCAGCCGUUGCAGCGGCCACGGCGGUCGGAGGAUUGCCACCGGCCGAUGAUCAUGCCAUCUCCUCGCACACAAGUGCCGCUCAGUAUGAGCAACAUGAGCAGCAGCAACACGAACAGCAGCAAUUGCAGGCGGCCGCUGCUGCAGCCGGAGUGGCGCAGAAUUACAAGAUGUCGGAGACGAUACGCAAGAGACAGUAUCGCGUUGGCCUCAAUCUGUUCAACAAGAAGCCGGAGAAGGGCAUCACGUAUCUGAUCAGGCGGGGAUUCCUCGAGAAUACACCGCAAGGUGUGGCCCGUUUCCUGAUCACCCGCAAGGGCUUGUCCCGCCAGAUGAUCGGCGAGUAUUUGGGCAAUCUGCAGAACCAGUUCAACAUGGCCGUGCUCAGUUGCUUUGCCAUGGAACUGGAUCUAUCCGGUCGCCAAGUGGAUGUGGCUUUGCGCAAGUUUCAGGCCUAUUUCCGGAUGCCUGGAGAGGCGCAAAAGAUCGAGCGACUGAUGGAGAUAUUCUCGCAGCGCUACUGCGAGUGCAAUGCGGACAUUGUGGGGCGACUGAGAUCAUCCGAUACGAUCUUUGUCCUGGCCUUUGCCAUCAUCAUGCUGAACACCGAUCUGCACACGCCCAAUUUGAAGCCAGAGCGUCGCAUGCGCGUCGAGGAUUUCAUCAAGAAUCUGCGCGGCAUUGACGAUUGCCAUGACAUCGACAAGGACAUGCUGAUGGGCAUUUACGAACGCGUCAAGUCCGACGAAUUCAAGCCCGGCAGUGACCAUGUCACCCAGGUGAUGAAGGUCCAGGCCACCAUUGUGGGCAAGAAACCCAAUCUGGCGCUGCCCCAUCGCCGACUCGUCUGCUAUUGCCGACUGUACGAGAUACCCGAUGUGAACAAGAAGGAACGACCCGGUGUGCAUCAGCGCGAGGUGUUCCUGUUCAACGAUCUGCUGGUCAUUACGAAAAUCUUUAGCAAAAAGAAGACCUCCGUGACGUACACGUUCCGCAACAGUUUCCCGCUGUGCGGCACCGUUGUCACCCUGCUGGACAUGCCCAACUAUCCGUUCUGCAUCCAGCUCUCCCAGAAGGUGGACGGCAAGAUCCUGAUCACCUUCAAUGCCCGCAACGAACACGAUCGCUGCAAGUUUGCCGAGGAUCUCAAAGAGUCCAUCAGUGAAAUGGACGAAAUGGAGUCACUGCGCAUUGAGGCCGAACUGGAGCGCCAGAAGUCGGCGCGCAAUCGUGCGCCUGGCAAUGCUGAGAAUCGUGACAGUGGCGUGGCCGAUGUGGAGGUCUGUCCGUGUCCCUAUCAGCCUGGAUCGCAGGCAUCCGGCGAACAGGCAGCCAACUCUGCUGACUCAUCGCAGCAAUUGAAGCGCAGUGCGCUUAGCAACAGUCUCCUCGACAUGCACGAGCAAUUUGGCAAUGAGAAACCUCAGCGACGGGGCAGCGUUGGCUCUCUGGACAGCGGCAUGAGCAUCUCGUUCCAGUCCACCACCACCUCCAGCGCCUCAAGGGAGAAUGCCGCUGCGAUUGCGGCCGCAGCCAAUGCAGCGGCGGCGGCCAAGAUGCGUUUUAAUAUGCCACCAACGGCGGCGAUCGCCACGCCAAGUAAUGUGUAUGCAGCGCCGGGAAUGCAGGCCUAUACCCAUGCCAACUUUGUGCAGCAAACGCAGGCCGCUUACAUGCUGCAACAGCAGCAAAUGCUCCAGCAGCAGGCACAAAUGCAGGCGCAGGCUCAAGCUCAAGCUCAAGCACAGGCACAAGCACAGGCUCAGGCGCAGGCGCAGCCACUGACUGGCCGAAUACCGGGGCGCGAAAGAAAGGCUUCGCGCACGGAUGAGAACGGACGGUCGACGGAGGUCUAAGUCAUCUAAUGUACAUUUUAGUUAUUGAGCAAAGCGAUAAUUAUUAAAUCUAUAUAAAUAUAGCGUAUAAAAUGAAGUAUCUUGUAUAAUCCGAAUCGAAACGAAACCGAACGCCAUUUUCUUUAACACCUAACACACACACACACACACACAGCUUACGAGUAUAUAGUGAAUUCUUAAAUGUUCCUUCGUUCUCUGAUAAUAUUAAUGUAAAUAAAUUAAACAAUUGUCUGUUCGCCACUAUCUACACACUAAAAUAAGUUUCUAAAACUAAUUGUAUAUACAUCAGCAUUAAAUAAUACACCCACGAUCUACGAUAACUAUUCUAUAAA